AUGUCAGCCCCCUCUCCGAUGCUCCCGCCCCAGCAGGUAAAACGCCCCAGGCAGUACAACAACCCCCACUCAGCCACAAACACCCCCGGUCCAGGCGUUCCGCUCGCCGGCAAUGGUGCUGCUGGAGGCCCCUUGGGGCCGAGGACAAAGAGAAGAAAACCGGAACCCAUCGCUGCUGAAGUGAAUAAGGAGAAGGAGAUUGAAGGCGAUAUCAAGACAAAGAUCGACUUCCACGACCUCCCCGUCGAGACGCUCUACAAGUAUCUCGAACUGCACGACCUCUUACCAUCUUGGGAUCCAUCGCCUUGGUCUGAAGAACCAUGUAUGCCACCAAACCUCCUCUACAGCAUUCCACCUCCACCCCCAUCCGCCCCGCCUACUGCCACUGCCUUCCUUGGUGCUUCUCAGAGCCAACAGGGUCUUGGGCCCUCGCCGCCACCAGAAGAGACCGCUGCUCCCAUUGCCAACGCAGACGAAGACGUCAAACCACCUCCACCUGCUGCUGACGCCGCGGUGCCUGAGCAGCAGCCACAGCCGAAUGGCGGAGAGAAUGGUGUCCAUGUCGAGUCACAACAGCAGGCUGAGGGAGGAGAGAAGAAUGGUGUACAAGAGAACGGUAAUGGGGCUUCUGGAGAGGAAGCGCAGCCUGAUGUGUCAGAACCUAUCGUCACCGACCGCCCGGAGGAAGAACGCGGUUCACGUUCGCCUUCCCCUCUGCCCGUCGAAGCUCCUACAACGAGAUCCAAAACGUUGCCCACCCGAAAACCACUCACCCCUCCUCCCCCUUCUCCUCCCCAGUUCACACGUGGGGUCGUGACCCUCUCGGACGUACUGGCGACGAGGCACGAGUUGGCAGAGAAGGCCAACGCCCAUUGGGCAAGGGGUUUGGGAGGGGGGCAGAACAAGGAGAGCGAGACUAUUGUGCAAUUCCUCUACAAAAUGAAGGUCGGCCCUGGACGUUUACUAAGAGUAUACAACCCCACGACUUCGGCCCAACCUCCUUGGCUAUGA